AUGCUCCUGGGAUCUGUGGGCCCUGCCACCGAACGGACUAGAGCAAAACGAAAUUCGGAGGCGAGUUUGUUUGGCACGGGAGGCUCCCAGGUGACUCUCAAGGACAUGGAUGCAUACUGUACAUUUGCCAAAAGCAGGGGAUGGUCCGGGCGCCAAGUAUGUACAACUCCGGCACCCCGAAUCGCACGUGAGCGUCUGAAAGGUCACGCCGCCUAA